GCGCGAAUGCGUGGGUUAGACAGUGCAAUAUCCCACUAGUGAGUCGUCUUUACAUGCUUGCAUAACAACUGCAUAGUAUAAAAGUAGUUUAGCACAUCAGUUUGAGCCCAUCCAUGCCUUCUCUUCUAGCUCUUCCACCGAACUUAAUCCAAAAUAUUUGCAGAAGCGCCGCACUACGGUCAGGGCUUCUACUACACGUACGGUAGCUAACUAAUGCGUGUAGAGUGGCGCGCGAAGAUGUGUGCGUGGUCGCAAAGCACCUCGGCAUACGCAACCUGCUGAGACGUCAUUCUAUUCUGCUUCGAGUGACGACUAACUCUUUCGCUUUACUCUGCUGUCUAAAUCAGCAUCGCGGAUGUGCAUCGAUUAGUGUGUUGCUCGAUUAGUCGGGUGCGCGAUACCGGAACGUCCUCCUCGGUGCUCCUCCAUAGUCUUUCGCUCGUCAUUCGGUGUGGAAGGUGAAAUAGAUUGAUCGUCGCCUGCACCUGUAAAAUCACAAGAUUGAUAUACGGAUAAAGAGAGCCGCGCGUACAUGCACAGAUAGAUUAAAUACAUAGACACGCCUGUCUGCUUGCCUCGCUUGCUUGGUUACAGUCUCCGGACACAUCUAGACGUGCGGGUUUACAUAUACGCAUAAACGGGCGUUGAAGCCGUCGUGAAUUGGCAUUACAGGCACGACUGUCGGGGAAACGUCGUAAUAGGAAAAGUACUCUAGUUGUCAAGAUGCUUGCGCUAAUCAAUCGGAUCCUUGACUGGUUUAAGUCCCUCUUUUGGAAGGAAGAAAUGGAGCUGACUCUUGUCGGGCUUCAAUAUAGCGGCAAGACUACUUUCGUCAACGUCAUCGCGUCUGGUAAUUUUAACGAAGACAUGAUUCCAACCGUCGGAUUUAACAUGCGUAAAAUCACAAAAGGCAAUGUAACUAUUAAAGUUUGGGAUAUUGGCGGCCAACCUAGAUUUCGAUCAAUGUGGGAGCGUUACUGUAGGGGCGUCAAUGCCAUUGUCUAUAUGGUGGAUGCAGCUGAUCCGGAUAAGAUCGAAGCUAGUCGCAAUGAACUACACAAUUUACUAGACAAGCCCCAGUUAGCUGGUAUACCUGUAUUGGUAUUAGGAAAUAAAAGGGAUUUACCUAAGGCAUAUAAUGAAGAUAAGCUUAUAGAUAGAAUGAAUCUUUCAGCAAUUUUGGAUCGUGAAAUAUGCUGUUACAUUAUUUCAUGCAAAGAAAAACACAAUAUUGAUAUAACGUUACAAUGGCUGAUAGCACAUUCAAAGAGUGGAGUUCGCUAAUAAUUAGUCAUAUUUGCAAUGUCUCAAAAAAUCAAAUAUGAGACAAAAAAUAUAACAGAAUUGUUAUUGAAGCUUUGUAAAAGGGAGAGAGAGAGAGAGAGAUAGAGAUAGAGAAGGAGCAAGAAAAGGAAAGAGAGAUUAUGAGAGACCGACAGGGAAUAUUCUUUAUUCUGUAUUGGAAUAAGCUAUUAAGUAGGAAAUUUCUUAUUCGUAAAAGCUUUAGCGCAACUGGAAUGAAUUUGUGUGUUUGAAAGAAUUUAUAAAAAUUAUAUUAAGAAGAUAAACUUUAAAUUACUAACAAUUAAGCUUGCGCAUGAAACAUUUUUAUGCUGCGUACGAAUUUAAGGCACAUUACAUGCAAAUACUUAGUGUUAAGGAGAUGAAAUUUUUAUAUUUCUGUUUAUAAGUGUAAGAACGAGUGUAUUGGUAAAUUCUUCUUUUAAAAUAAACUUUAUAACAAAGAUAGAAAAAAGUAAUGAAAUGGUGAAUGAAUUACAUACAACGGUAGCUAUUUAUAAAUACAAUAUUAAUUUAUAAUGGGAAACAAUGAAAUUCAAGCAUUCAAAAUUAUUGUCUAAAUACUGUUUUCUUUAAUUUGUAGAGUAGUAAUUUAUUUAAAUUGCUUGGAAAAUGUUUGAUAUAGAAGUAUAAUGAGGUAUAUACGAUGCCUUGGAAAAUGUCAUAAUCACUUGUUACUAAACAACUAACAUGAUUUAAAAUUUAAAUCGCUACAGAAAAUCUCAAUGAUUUACAAAAUGUCCUAAGACCGU